AUGUCUUUAGAUUCGCUAAACGGCGUCGCUUCGUGCCCCCCAGAGAUUGAAAAGUUCCUGUGUGACUUGCUCUUGGACUCCACUCAACCCAUCUCCGAACGCUUCAGAGCCCUCUUCUCUCUUCGCAACCUCAAAGGUCCCGCUCCUCGCACCGCCCUCAUCCUCGCAACUAGAGAUUCAUCCAAUUUGUUGGCACAUGAAGCUGCGUUUGCAUUAGGUCAAAUGCAAGAACUGGAAGCCAUCCCUGCAUUGACCUCAGUACUUAAUGAUCUUUCUUUGCAUCCCAUUGUUCGCCACGAGGCGGCUGAAGCACUUGGUGCUAUUGGUUCAGAUAGUAAUGUUUCUCUGUUGAAGCGUAGCUUGGAGUCUGAUCCGGCUCAAGAGGUUCGAGAGACGUGUGAAUUGGCUCUUCAACGUAUUCUGAAUUUAAAAGAUGCUGCUACUAUGGAUGAUUCGACUGCACCUGGUGUUUCUCCGUUUAAGUCUGUUGAUCCUGCAGCACCGGCCACGUCUUGUUCUUCGGUUAAUCAAUUAAGAGAGUUACUUCUUGAUGAGGAAAAAGGGAUGUAUGAGCGAUAUGCAGCUCUUUUUGCACUUCGAAAUGACGGUGGAAACAAAGCUGUUGCUGCUAUUAUUGAUUCCUUGGGUUCCAAGAGUGCUUUACUGAAACACGAGGUUGCAUACGUAUUGGGCCAAUUGCAAGACAAAGCUGCUUCAGCUGCUCUAUCCAAUAUACUUAGAGAUGUAAAUGAGCACCCAAUGGUGAGACACGAGGCUGCUGAAGCUCUUGGUUCAAUUGCAGAUGACCAAAGUGUAGCCCUUCUUGAGGAGUUUACGGCAGACCCAGAAGCUCUUGUCUCACAAAGUUGUCAAGUUGCUCUAAGCAUGCUAGAAGCUGAAAGAUCAGGGAAGUCUUUUGAGUUUCUGUUCAUGCGCACUCCAACUGUACAGUAA